GUGCUGAAAACAAAUGCACGUGACUGUUGAUUUAGGCUUACCGAUGAAAGGCAUACAAUUGAUUUAUGUCUACAUGCUGCUCAUGCUGGUCUUUAAUUUAACUGCAGUCUCAAUUUGAUCUGCUAUUUGGGUGUUCCUCCCUCACCUUCAUUCACGCAGAGAGAGGGAUCUUAUUGGUGGAGAGCAGAUUUGCCCAGCCUAUAAAUUCACAUACGUGCUCGUGGAGGAGUGCAGAGCGUCUGACAGCACCGGAGGCUGCAGGAGCCACCGCAUCUUCUCUGGAGGGGACAGCUGCUCGCUGCGGGACACACUCGUCAGAUCAGCAUGUCUCCGUCCGAGCGUCGCAACGCGGUCCGGCUGGUGUUCCUCGGGGCAGCGGGGGUCGGGAAGAGCGCGCUCAUCCGCCGUUUCCUCCACCAAAGCUUCGAGCACAAGUACACGCGCACAGUCGAGGAGCUUCACGUGCUGGAGUACGACACUGCUGGCUCCGGGAAGAUGCAUCUGGAGGUCUUGGACACGAGCGGCAGUUACUCCUUCCCGGCUAUGCGUGAGCUCUGCAUCCGACACAGUGACGCCUUCGCCCUGGUGUACGCGGUGGACGACCCGGGGUCGUUCGAAGAAGUGCGGCGGCUGCGCGACGAGAUUCUGCAGCUGAGGGGCGACAAGAGCUCGCUCAUCACCGUGGUCGGCAGCAAGUCUGAUCUGACCGAGACCGAAGGCCGGGUGCUGCUGGCGGUUGAUGUCAUGACCACGGUGGAGGGUGAGUGGGACGCCAACUUCGUGGAGGCGUCCGCGCGCACCGGUUCCAACACGGUCGGGGUGUUCAGCGCGCUGCUGCAACAGGUGAACCUGCCGCACGGGUUGAGCCCUGCGGUGGGGAGGCGCAGAGACACGCUGCCCAGACCGGCGGUCAAGAAAAGACCACCACUGAAGAAGAACAACAGCUGUAUCCUGUCAUAGGAACAUUUCUAUGUCUAUAAUGACUCUGCAGCUGGACUGCUCGUGCAUAUGUUGCUGGUCAAGACAAUUAGUCUACAGAGGUGGAAAGAGGACAAUAUGAAAAUAUGUCUCCGAAAUAAUCAACAUCAGACAGCCCUCACUGUUUAAUGAGAGACUCAACUGGCAUAUGGGAUAUACCCACAUCUGUAUCCCAUGUGUUAAAGAUUCACAUUUUUGUGUACAUUUUUUAUCUUUUGUCAAUAAAAUACAUUAUUGUGA